AUGAAACCCUCUGACUCUGCCACUGCGCGGUUUUACGGUCUUCUGAAGGUAUACAAAGCUAACAUACCUCUUAGACCCAUCGUCUCCCUACGUGGUACUCCUACAUACGGUUUGGCAACAUGGGUGUUUGCUCGUCUUAAGUUCCUGGCAGAAGGAUCGCCAACAACAGUGGCCUCUGUUAAUCAGUUCCUUCAACGUUUAAAACAUCUGAAACUAGAGCCAGAUGAAUCCAUGGUAUCGUUUGCUGUCGUUUCACUUUUUACCUCCAUUCCACAACAACUAGCGAUUGACGUUGUGAGACAACUCCUGGUUGAUCGCUACAACGAGAGCGACAAUCCCCUGAAGACUGAACAUCUCAUGGAGCUCUUACGCUAUUGCCUAAAAACAAAUUUCACCUUUGGUGGACAAAUGCAUGAAGAAAUCAAAGGCACCCCUAUGGGCUCCCCCAUAUCAGGGCUGAUGGCUGAAGUGGUUCUUCAACGGAUAGAACACUUGGUGUUCACCAAGUAUCAACCAAAGUUUUGGGCUCGUUACGUCGAUGACACCUUCGCUAUUGUCAGAUCAUCUGACGUGGAGCACCUUAAAGAAUUACUGAACUCGGUUGACCAGAAUAUCCAAUUCACGAUGGAAGCCGAAACAAACAACCAACUUUUCUUCCUCGAUGUCCUUGUGCGUCGUAGUGCAACUGGACAAUUACAAACUACCGUUUUCAUAAAAGCCACAAACACAAGACAAAUACUGCACUUCAACAGCAAUCACCCCCUCUCUCACAAACGCAGCUGUGUCCGUACUCUGUUCCAAAGAGUUGAAACACACUGCAGCACACCAGCCGACAAAAGAGUUGAACGACAGUAUCUGCAUGAUCUCUUUCGAACCAAUGGAUACCCAAGCCACUUCAUCAAGCAAAGCAAGCGCCGAGUGAACAGACGACGGCCACAAGAAAAACCACCCGAAGUCUAG